AUGCUGUUUCAAAAACCACCACACAGCACAAUACCGGCCAGUCUCAUUCGCUCAUUCUCGUCUACUCGAAUAUGCCCGCAAAUCGGUCCCUUUACUCGGCGGCUCUUCAACAUCCCGACCGCGCCGUCGUCGGCUUCAUCGCAGAACCACAAUGAUCUACCCUCGUUCCUUUCAUAUGCGCAGCGCACUGCGCUUCCAGAAACCAGCACGACAUAUGUCGGUACACACUACGAGUACACGGUGCUGAAAAGCCUGCGCCGUUUUGCGUUCGAUCUCCAUCGCAUUGGCGGCCGCGACGACGCCGGCACAGAUCUUGUCGGCACCUGGCACAUCCCCGGCCGAACCUUGCUGGCGCCAGUUCGCGUAGUCGUGCAAUGUAAAGCUCUGAGCACAAAAUUAGGCCCGAACCUGGUCAGGGAGCUCGAGGGCGCUUUCCGGCAUUCGCCCACUGGCUGGCGGACGACGGAUAAGCUGGCGAUAUUGAUCAGUCCCAGAGAAGCCACAAGGGGUGUGAGGAAUACGCUGAUGCGUAGCGUUUAUCCGCUGUUUUGGGUCAUGAUGGAGCGUGAUGGGGUGAUCAGACAGGUUCUGUGGAAUUCAAAGGUGGAAGAGAUGAUGGGGUUUGCGGCACUCGGGGUGGACAUGAGAUAUCAAUCAUCACCGCAGACUUCUUCUCCUUCUCCUACUGUGGCUUCUGGUGAUCCUGCACGGCCUGAAGUGGUACUUACGUGGGAUGGAACGGAUUUGCCGGAUAUGGAUCAUAUGGAAAGGGAAAUGACCAAAAAAGAGACCGAGUGGCUAGCUCUUUGGGAUUCGGAGAACUUGUCAAACGCGGAGAAAUCUAUGCUCUUGGACACGGUUAUGGAUGUUUUCCCUGACAUGGGCCCAGGGGCAGUUUUGAGUUGCAACAAGGAAGCGAUUGCUACGAAGAAGGAUGAAGUUUUGGCUCUGCUAAAAGAAAGGUUUCCGCGUUGA